AGAGAGAGAAAAAGAGAGAGGGCGAAACUACAGCUGCUGUGGUUCUUCACAAGCUGCAGAGCAGGAGGCAGUACAGUCAGCGAGCGGCGGAGAAGAAAUACCCAUUAAAAAGAUAAACUUUACCGCAACAGCAGCUAGAUUCUGUACACAAGAACAGUAGCACCGCACCAUUUACACGGACACACCGUCUGCAACCGCCCGGGCUUUUUGGAAGGAAGUUGCAGUGUUAUUUCUACUCGUGCUGCGGUCCUGCGGAUUAAACACCGUCGCCCGAGGAGAAUUGCGUUGCUGACACUGCCUCUGUGACAGUACAUUACAAUAUAAGGCAAUUUGGUCAGUUUUCCCCUUUCUGUGGAAGCGUAUUGGAGCUGGAGGCAAGGCACUAUUAUAACACUGAUUAUUAUUGUUAUUAUUAUAAAUAUUAUUUCAUGCUUGAGUGUUGUUUUUUUUUUAAGAACGUAGUGCGGUCUUGUGCUGUUGCCCUUUUCUGGUUCCAAGUUUUUGCAGUUGCAUUUUUUUUAGUGGAUUUAAAUUUUUACAGCCAACAAGAAGGCGAGAGAAAAUGUGGAUGACCAGAUUUUGACAGGGAAUAUAUAACAAAAAAAUGAUUAUAAUUGUUAUUAUUUCUGUGGUGGUGUUAUAUAUAUUAUAAAUACAGAAACGUCUCAAUUAAGCUUUGAUAUUCUGAAAUAUUUUAAUCCACCGAGCCCGCAGUGAGGUAUUUUUUUUCUCUACAGGGACAGAAUGCGGAAGAAUGUAUUUUUGAUAAAUAUUUCUUUCUCCUGGUGACUUCUCCGGUUGCUAUCGGACAAUGAUGUGGUGGAAUUUCCUGGGUUAAAAUUUACCCUUGUGCCGAUACCACCAUCACUUACCUUGCUCUCCAAAAAAGUUCCGCUUUUUUUUCUUUUUUAACAAAGCUUAUUCUUAUAAACAUUUUGUAGACCACCACAGGAGCACCUGAACGCUACCUCUUAAACUAGAAAUAUUUCGUACAGGAUGGUUGACUACUACGAUUCGCCAACUUUGCAAAGACAAAGCUAGGUUUUAUAAACUUUCUUUUCUUUCUUCCGUCACUGACGAACGAAAAAUAAAUAACUUUAUUUUCCUUUUUUGAGGGAUUGUUUUUUUUUUUUUUUUUUUAUUGCUGUUGCCUUUUCUUUAACAAAAAAAAAAAAAAACACCAUGUACGAGAGCGUGGAUGUGGUCGGAUUGAACCACGGCGCUAACCCGUUUUUAAUGAUGGAUUAUUAUAACCAGAACCGCAGAUGCUUGCUUCAGGAAAAGGGUUUGGUGUCUGGCGCACACCAUCCGUACAGUACGGCUAUCCGGACGCAGCACUGGAACGGAUCAAACCACUCGAUCGAGACGCAGAGCACCAGCUCGGAGGAGAUCGUGCCGAGCCCCCCCUCCCCGCCCCCGCCCCCCCGGAUCUACAAGCCCUGCUUCGUGUGUCAGGACAAAUCCUCGGGAUACCACUAUGGGGUCAGCGCCUGCGAGGGCUGCAAGGGAUUUUUUCGGAGGAGCAUUCAGAAGAACAUGGUGUACACCUGCCAUCGAGAGAAGAACUGCAUCAUCAACAAGGUGACCCGCAACCGCUGCCAGUACUGCCGGCUGCAGAAGUGCCUGGAAGUCGGGAUGUCCAAAGAGUCCCGAUGCAGCACUAAGGCCGGGAAGAGUCCAGACCCCCCCCCCUCACUGGAAGACAGACGGGGGAUUUCGGAGGGGGCUGCCAUUGCGGUGAGGAACGACCGCAACAAGAAGAAGAAGGAGGAGAAGAAGCAGGAGUGCACAGAGAGCUACACGCUGAGCCCCGAGACCGAGCUCAUGAUCGAGAAGGUCCGCAAGGCCCACCAAGAGACCUUCCCCUCCCUCUCCAACCUGGGCAAAUACACUACAAAUAACAGCGCAGACGAGCGCGUGUCCCUCGAUGUUGACCUGUGGGAUAAGUUCAGCGAGCUCUCCACCAAGUGCAUCAUCAAAACCGUCGAAUUCGCCAAACAACUGCCAGGCUUCACCACACUAACCAUCGCCGACCAAAUCACCCUUCUCAAAGCAGCCUGCCUCGACAUCCUGAUCUUGCGGAUCUGCACGCGCUACACCCCCGAUCAGGACACCAUGACGUUCUCGGACGGCCUGACUCUGAACCGCACGCAGAUGCACAACGCCGGCUUCGGCCCGCUCACCGACCUCGUCUUCGCCUUCGCCAACCAGCUGCUGCCGCUCGAGAUGGACGACGCGGAGACAGGGCUGCUCAGCGCCAUCUGCCUGCUGUGUGGAGACCGGCAGGACCUGGAGCAGUCUGACAAGGUGGAUGUCCUGCAGGAGCCGCUGCUGGAGGCACUGAAGAUCUACGUGAGGAAGAGGCGUCCACACAAGCCACACAUGUUCCCCAAGAUGCUGAUGAAGAUCACAGACCUGCGCAGCAUCAGUGCCAAGGGUGCGGAGCGUGUGAUCACCCUGAAGAUGGAGAUCCCAGGUUCGAUGCCCCCGCUCAUUCAGGAGAUGCUGGAGAACUCGGAGGGGGUCGACCCGCUGGGGAACCCACAGACUAGAGGAAAGGGGGCCCCGGCCGGCAGCUGCAGCCCCAGCCUGUCCCCCAGCUCAGCCCAAAGCAGCCCCUCCACACACUCCCCCUAGCACCCCCCACCCCGAGACCAGCGAGCCCUCAUACGUCACUCCCCCACCCCUCCUCACAAGCACCACCCCCGUCGCGGACUGUCAGAUACACAGGGGCACACAGAGUGACCCACAGACUCACUCGCACAGGACAGCAGGACAUUGGGCUGCUGGGGGGCAGGGAGUGUGACCUAGGCAAUACCAGUGUUUGAAAACACAUAGCCAACCAAGAAGAGGAGGAAGAGGAAGAAGAAAAAGAAAGAAUAUUGUGUGUUCAUUGCUGGAUUUCUACCUGUAUCAGAUUCUGAAAUUCUAGAUAAAAUUGUUCUUUUGAGAAUGGGGCAGAAAGGCACACAGAGACACACAGACAGACAGAGAGGCACAAUCGGAAAUGGCUUCUUACUAUUUCUCUCUCUCUCUCACUCCCGCUCUCGUUCUUUCUCGUGGGAGUUUACACCACAGAGGAAGAAACAGGAAACAGAGGAAACAAAAGCUUCCGUGGAAAAAAAAAACGAGAACGAGACGAGAUCGGAGCUGUUGAAAUAGAAGCAUUUUUAUUUUCAUUUUUGGAAAAACAUUUAAUUGUUUCUGAUUUAUCAGUUGUUUUUUUUGUGGGGGGGGGGGGGGGGUUAGUUUGUUUUUUUUAUUUCCUCCACUGAUUCAUAAUCAUAACUGUGAAAAAGUUUGUUUUAAAUUGAAGUUGAAACACUUGCAACACAAUUAGGUGAGUUCCACACUGUUCUUUGUAUUGGGUUGUGUGCAGUUAGUCCCUUUGAGCAUUACUGGGUACUGUCACAAGCCACUAUGAACACCAUCUUACAUAAGAAAGGUGGAAAUGAGUGUCCACUCUGAGGUGAUGUAUAUAGCUGUAUUCAUUUCUUUUAAACUAAGAAGAGUUUUGAUUUUGUUUAAUACCUUUUGGUUUUUUAAAAUCAUUUAAAACACAUUUUUACUGAAGGAAGGGAUGCUGUUUGCACCUAUCACCAGGGGGCGCCAAACCUGUUCACGAGCAGUGGUAAAAUGUUUUUUCACUUCGCAACUUUUUAAAUGAAAUUGGGGGGUGACCAUAGAUAUUCUGAACUGCUAGCUUGCCACAGAGAGAGAUAGGAAAAGGAAGUGACCUCACAGGGCUCAAACAGGAAGGACACAACCACACAAGUUUCAAGAGGGUUUUUUGUGGUUUUUCAAACCCCACUCCUACAUAAUGAAAUGUUUAUCCUUGAGGUACCCUAUAGCUCAAGAGUAGGGCGUUGUCGGUUGGUUUUAUAUAGACCGCAGAACUUAGUGGUUUAGUAAGUGUCCUGUGUGUGCGUUCUGAUUAGACUACUCAUGAAUAUUCAUGACCCAGUGACCCCAGCGCGACCCUGCUAGAGCUGUCUGUAAACGUUUGAUGUCACUGGCUCUCUCCACCUUGCCUUGUAAAAAAAAUAACAAAUAUUUCUUUAAAAAAAAAAAAAAAAAGAAUUAAA